CCAAGAUCUCCCAAUACUCACUGCAAACAGAAUGGCAAUCCUUUGGCUUGUGUCCUUCGUCGCACUUGUAGGUGCCACAUAUGGAUGUGGUGUACCAGCUAUCCAGCCAGUCCUCACCGGUUAUGCGAGAAUUGUGAAUGGUGAAGAAGCUAUCCCAGGAUCCUGGCCGUGGCAGGUUUCACUGCAGGAUCGCACUGGAUUCCAUUUCUGCGGUGGAUCCCUCAUCAACGAACUAUGGGUUGUUACAGCAGCUCACUGUGGUGUUAAGACUACCGAUCGUGUUAUUUUGGGUGAAUUUGACCAGCGCUCAUCAGCCGAAAACAUCCAGACUAAAACAAUUUCCAAGGUCUUCAGACACCCUCAGUACAGUUCGCUGACCAUAAAAAAUGAUAUAACUCUGCUGAAAUUGACCUCUCCUGCUGUUCUCAAUGACCACAUUUCACCUGUGUGUGUGGCUGACAACAACGACAUCUACAACAGCGGACAAAGAUGCGUCACCACAGGAUGGGGAUUAACAAACGCCAACGCAAGCCAAACCCCACCCAGGCUGCAGCAGGUUAUGCUCCCUCUGUUAUCCAACACCGAGUGCAAGAAGUACUGGGGGAACAAAAUCGCUGAUGUUAUGAUAUGUGCUGGAGCUGAUGGUGCCUCCUCCUGCAUGGGAGACUCCGGUGGACCUCUUGUGUGUCAGAAAAAUGGAGCUUGGACCUUGGUUGGCAUUGUGUCCUGGGGAAGUUCUACCUGUUCUCCAUCGUCCCCUGGAGUCUACGCCCGGGUCACUGAACUCAGGAGCUUUAUUGACCAGACUAUUGCAUCAAACUAAAUUGCUGCCUCUUUUGGGAAAAAAAUUGAAUCUAAAAUAUGAGAACUUAAAUAAAGG